CUCGGCUGCACAGGAAACUAGCUCCCUAUCACCGCUCCUUCUUUUUCUCACAUCUGUCUGCUUUUGUUCUCUCACACGCAAACCACGCACUCUCUCUCUCUCUCUCUCCUCUUGAAGCCCUCAAAGGCUCAAACACAAACACUAACACUAACACUAGCAUUCACUCAAGAGAUCAAUAAUGGGAUCUGGGGCCGGCAAUUUCCUCAAGGUGCUUCUCAAAAACUUCGAUGUGCUUGCUGGGCCUGUCAUUAGUCUUGUUUAUCCUCUAUAUGCUUCAAUUAGGGCAAUUGAGAGCAAGUCUCCUAUUGAUGAUCAGCAGUGGCUCACUUACUGGGUUCUCUACUCCUUGAUCACCCUCUUUGAACUUACUUUUGCUAAAGUCCUUGAGUGGAUUCCAAUAUGGCCCUAUGCAAAGCUGAUUGCAACCUGCUGGUUGGUCCUUCCUUACUUUAGCGGUGCCGCUUAUGUUUAUGAGCAUUAUGUGAGACCUUUCUAUGUCAAUCCUCAGACCAUUAACAUCUGGUACGUUCCAAGGAAAAAGGAUGCCUUGGGUAAGCGAGAUGAUAUUCUGACUGCUGCAGAGAAGUACAUCCAAGAGAAUGGAACAGAAGCAUUUGAGAAUAUCAUCAAUAGGGCUGACAAAUCAAGAAGGGGUGACGGUUAUUAUACAAUGUAUGAUGAGACUUAUUGAAUGCGAUCAUCUCGUAGUUUUCUCUGUCUUUCGUGGAUAAGGGGAUGCAUGUACAUCUUACCCUGUUGCUGAUAUUUUGUUUUUCCUUCUCCAUGGUGAUACUUUACUUUUUUUUUUCAUCCCUUUAUUGAGUUUUUAUUGUCACUCAUCUAUGUUUUGUGUAAUGGCUAUGACACGCAUAGUAUAUAUAUAUAAUGUUAGUACAGCAGAAACUCGUUGAUUUUUUUUUCUUGUUAUAUUAUAUCCCCAACAGAACCCCUUCAUUGCUAGAUCUUUUUAACUAUAUAAUGCCACUAUUGAUCCCUUGAUUAUUUUAUGGAA